UCUAGUACCGUCCUCACAUAUACGUCCCUCUCUUCUCUUCUUUGCUCCCUCGCAGAAGAGAGAGAAACUCUCACUUUCAAUCUCCUUUCUCUCUCUAGAAACCCCCCAAAAAGAUUCAAUUUUUUACAUUUAAAAAACUUAAAUUUUCUCUCUUUUUUUUUUUAAUCUUUCAGAUAUUCAGAUUCAGCGUUUUUACGUAUCGCUGAGUUAUUUGUUCUUUUUUGAAUCGGUCGGCAGAGAUUGAAUCUCACGUGAUAAGAUCUAGGUAUGCAGCAAGGUGAUCAAACGGUGUUGAGUUUAAGACCUGGUGGUGGUCGAGGGAACAGACUUUUUGGUGGUCCUUCGUCAUCUUCGGCGUCAUCAUCAUCCUCGUCUUCUUCAUUAGCAUUUGGUUCCUUUUCUUCUGAUCUUCCUCUAUUUCGUUCCCAUGGCGGUGGCGGUGCUUCUUCUCUUAAGGCUGGAGACUCACGUUUUGAGGGUCGUGAACGUGUGCGGUACACUAGGGACCAACUUCUACAGCUUAGAGAGGCUGUAAAAGUUGCUGAUGAGAUUCUUAAAAUCAAACAAGAUUUUGAAGUGGAGCUCUUCGGUGAAGAUAAAAGCUGGAGUCGUGGAGAAAGCAAUCCUCCAAAUUAUAGUCAGAACCGCUACUCUGAACCUGACAACCGUGAUUGGUUUAGCCGUUCAGCACAGUUUCCUCCGGCUGGAGAUGAAAGGUCCCGGGAAUUGCUUCGGGGUAGAGAUUUGGGGAACCGAUUCGAUUCCAGACAACAAGAAACUAAUAAGUUUAAUCGCCAAGAACAAUUCAACCCUCAAUUUUCAAGGGCACAAAACUCUUCUACCCAAGGGGGAGGAUCUACUCCAGCUUUGGUUAAGGCUGAGGUUCCAUGGUCGGCUAAAAGGGGGAAUCUUUCAGAGAAAGAUCGUGUACUAAAGAGUGUUAAAGGGAUAUUGAACAAGCUGACUCCUGAGAAGUAUGAUCUUCUGAAGGGUCAACUUAUUGAUUCUGGUAUCACAUCAGCUGAUAUCUUGAAGGGUGUUAUUUCUCUAAUAUUUGAGAAGGCUGUUCUGGAACCGACGUUUUGCCCUAUGUAUUCUCUCCUAUGUUCUGAUCUUAAUGAUAAGCUGCCCUCAUUCCCAUCUGAUGAACCUGGUGGAAAAGAUAUUACAUUUAAGCGAGUCCUCUUGAAUAACUGCCAGGAGGCAUUUGAAGGAGCUGACAAGCUUAGGGAAGAAGUGAGGCUUAUGACUGCCCCUGAGCAAGAGAUGGAUCGUAGAGAUAAAGAAAGGAUGGCCAAGCUCCGCACUUUGGGUAAUAUUCGUUUAAUUGGCGAGCUUCUGAAGCAGAAAAUGGUACCUGAGAAGAUAGUCCAUCACAUUGUACAGGAACUUUUGGGCCAUGACAGUAGAGCUUGCCCUGCAGAGGAGAAUGUUGAGGCCAUUUGUCAGUUCUUCAACACUAUUGGUAAGCAACUUGAUGAGAGCCCAAAAUCGCGGCGAAUUAAUGAUACAUACUUCAGCAGAUUGAAGGAAUUGACUACAAAUCCUCUGCUUGCUCCAAGGUUGAGAUUUAUGGUUCGUGAUGUUCUUGAUCUUCGUGCAAACAAAUGGGUUCCCAGACGGGAGGAGGUGAAAGCCAAAACAAUUACGGAAAUUCAUUCUGAGGCUGAAAAGAAUCUUGGGCUGCGUCCAGGUGCUACUGCAAGUAUUAGAAAUAGUCGUGUUGUUCCAGUUGGUUCUGUGAGUCCUGGUCCUGGGGGAUUUCCUAUCACUCGCCCCGGUACUGGAGGUUUGAUGCCUGGAAUGCCAGGAACCCGGAGAAUGCCUGGUAUGCCUGGAGUGGACAAUGAUAAUUGGGAAGUUCCUAGGGGUCGGUCAAUGCCGAGGGGUGAUGCACAAAGCCUGCCUGUAGGGCGUGGCCAGUCACCAUCAAUCCAUAAAUCUUCAAUGAAUCCAAGGCUGUUGCCUCAAGGUAGUGGUGACCUUAUGAGCGGCAGGACAAGUGCCCUAUUGCAGGGAAGUUCAACCCCUCCUGCUUGGCAAUCCAACACUAGUUUGGGUGCCGAGCCUAUGGCACAACCUUCUGUUUCUGCUAAACCUGUGCCUGUGGCUGCUGUGUCUCCAAUCACGGAGAAAUCUCCGGCCCCAGCUGCAAUACUAAAUCCAGAUGAUCUUCAGAGAAAAAUACGAGCGCUGUUGGAUGAGUAUUUCAACGUUAGGCUGCUUGAUGAAGCUUUGCUGUGCGUGGAGGAACUAAAAUCUCCAUCACACCACCCUGAGGUUGUGAAAGAAGCGAUUUCAAUUGCCUUGGACAAAAGCCCACCAUGCGUCGAGCCAGUCUGGAAACUUCUUGAAUACUUGUUUACAAAGAAAGUUUUUACUGCAAGAGACAUUGGGACCGGAUGCCUCCUCUACGGUGCCUUGCUGGAUGACAUUGCCAUUGACUUACCGAAAGCACCAAAUAAUUUUGGAGAAAUAAUCGGGAGACUCAUUUUGGCUGGGGGACUAGAUUUUAAAGUGGUUAAGGAAAUCCUUAAGAAAAUGGAGGAUGACCUAUAUCAGAAAGCUGUAUUCGACGCAGCAAUGAAGACCAUUAGCUUGAAUCCAUCUGGGCAAGGCCUGCUCGAUGCAUCAGCCUCCGAGGUCGAGGCCUGUCAGAAUCUAUUCUAAGUUUUGCAUGCUACUUAUUAUUGUUGUUCUGUAUCGGCAAGGACUUGUAUUAUUUGAUAAAGUUGCAGCUGCCAAGGACAGGUAAAAUUUUCUCGAGUUGUAUAAUUUUUUUUUUCAAGGUCAUCAUCAGCAGUGUGUUUAUUGAGAAAAAAAAGGACAACAAAGCAUAGUACCAUGGAUUUGCCUUGCCUACAAUCAUCGUCAAGAUGUCAUUUAUACUAAUUUUGAUACUAUGUUCUUGCACUUUCUUAAGUGUAAAAGCAUUUAAUUAAUAAUAAUAGUAGAAUCUAAAAUGUUUGUUUC